UCCAUGUUGCUUAUCACCUUUACAACUUUCUCUCUCUAAAGAUUUUAAAAGCUUUUUUCUUUCUUUCUCUAUACUCUAUAGAGUACGAUGGCUGAAACAACUCCAAUCAAGCGCCACCGAGAAGAAGAAACUCUAGCCGACGAAGAAGCGACAAAGCGACAGAAGCCUUCUUCUUCAUCUUCUUCCUCUUACAACGACCAGAUUCUCUGUCUCCUCGACGAUUCAGACGAACUUAACCGACCCAACAAUGACCUAACUUCCUUUCUAAACGCUCUCCAGCAAGAAAUCUCAUCAGAUGACAAAAACGCUGCCGUUUCUAGAGUCUCCAACGUUGAAGAUUCGUCGACUUCCUGUGUUUCUUGGAAGGAAGACGAUGUCGAUGAUGAGAACAAUGAGAAAGUGAUACAGCAUCUUUUGGAAGCUUCUGACGACGAACUCGGGAUCCCUAACACCGGUUUUGGCGAGAGUAAUUAUGACAUGAUUAAGAAUGAUAUUAAUCAGGAUUACGUAUAUGGAAAUAGUUUGUUAGAUGGGUUCGGUGAUGCGUUUUGGGAGCUUGAAGAUGAAGCUGCUAAUUAUUAUACGUUGCUGCAAUCUGAGUUGUUCUUGUAGAAAGCCUAAAAUGGUAAAUCUCGGGGGGAAGUAAAUCUAGAAAAAAGGCCAAUGAUAAGAAAAGUGGGUCGGUUUUUUAUAUGGAUUUUAAAUUUCAUUUUUAAGGCACACUUCUUUUGUUUUGGCGGAACGAAAUAUCAUUUUAAUUGUUUGAUUAA